UCUCAGGCUAUAUAAGUAGUGACAAAUGCUUGAAAACUCACCUAGCCUUCCUUUCACACCAAGAUAAAGCAUCACAGAUCUGCAAGGCUGGGGGAGAUCAUCGUGAGAAGUCUUUGAGUCACUCCUUCUGACACCAGGCAGAACAGUUCCCCCAGAGAGACGGAGCCCGAUCUGGAAGCAUGUGCUCGUGGUUCUGGUUAACGCUGCUAUUUGCUGCUGCUCACUUGUGCUCGGCUGCAGGCACCUCUGAGGCAGAGCAGGGGAACUGCUCAGACUGCCACAGCAAUGCCACCUGCCAAGACAACGGCAGCUCCCCCAUCUGUUCCUGCCAGUCCGGGUUCUCCGGCGACGGCUUCGUGUGCUCCGACGUGGACGAAUGUGCCGAUCCGGCGACCAAUAACUGCUCCGGAGGCCACUGCGUGAAUACGGUGGGGUCGUACAAGUGUCUCUGCCCCGUGGGGUACCGGUUUGCCCCCGAGAGCGGCUGCAUCGAUGUGGACGAGUGCACCAGCCUAGAGCUCAACCAGUGCCACCCGCUAGCCACCUGCACCAACUCCAACGGCAGCUACUCGUGCGCCUGCCCCGCGGGCUACACUGGGGAUGGCACCUGGUGCGACUGCUCCCCCGGUUCGUGCGGCCCGGGGCUCGAGUGCCUCUGGCAGAACGGGUCGCGUGUCUGCUCUGACCCUUGCGGGGCUUACAUCCUCCUGGACCAGUACUGGAGAAGCAGCUCCCACCAAGGCGGCUGGACCUGUGACAUCAACAGGCAAGGGUGGCAUCGGUUCAUGGGCAGGGGUGGGGUGCGGAUGCCCGAGACCUGCGUGCCCAUCAACCGGUGCAACACGGCGGCCCCUAUGUGGCUGCGGGGCCAGCACCCCUCCAGUGAGGAGGGCAUCGUGAACCGCACCGCCUGCGCUCACUGGAGUGAGAACUGCUGCUUGUGGCAGACCAACGUCCAGGUGAAGGCUUGUCCCGGGGGCUUUUAUGUCUACAACCUAACCGGGACACCAGUGUGCCAGCUGGCCUAUUGUACAGACCCCAGAUCCGUGGAAGGGACCUGCGAGGAAUGCAAUUUGGACGAAGACUGCAAGUCGGUGGAUGGAAACUGGAGCUGCCAUUGCAAACCAGGAUUCUACAGUUUGGACAUUGGCAGCCUUGAUCCUCAACUGCAGUGCGGGGCCAAUGACAUCAAGGUGUCUCUGGACAAGUGUGAGCUGGAGAGCAUGGGAUUCCAGAACAUCUUCAUGUACCUGAGAGACAGCCGCUGUGCUGGCUUCGAAGAAAGGGAAAACAGGACUUCUGUGUCGGUGGUCACCCCUUCCCAGGAGGGGCCGUGUGGGACGACGCUCACGAGAAAUGAGACCCAUGUCACCUACAGUAACACCCUCUACUUGGCCAAAGAGAUGAUCAUCAGAGAUACAAACAUCAACAUUAACUUUCAGUGCACCUACCCAUUAGACAUGAAAGUCAGUCUCAAAACGGCUACUCGGCCCAUUGUAAGUGCGCUGAACAUCAGUGUUGGCGGAACAGGGAUGUUCACGGUGAGAAUGGCCUUGUUCCAAAGCGAGAGCUACACCCUGCCCUAUGAAGGCUCCACAGUGACUCUGUCCACCGAGGCCAUGCUCUACGUGGGCACCAUGUUUGAUGACGGGGACACCUCCCGCUUCGUCCUGCUCAUGAAGAACUGCUACGCCACCCCCACCAGCAAUGCCACGGACCCUUUAAAGUAUUUCAUCAUUAGAGACAGGUGUCCCCGGGGACAAGAUUCAACCAUACGGGUGGAGGAGAAUGGGGAGUCCCCACAAGGUCGAUUUUCAGUUCAGAUGUUCAGGUUUGCUGGAAACCAUGACCUCGUCUUCCUGCACUGUGAGGUUUCACUCUGUGACAUCACAAGUGAACAGUGCAAACCAUCUUGCUUCAGGACUGGAUACCGCAGUGGGACUGUCAUAAAUCCAGCUCACGUUCUGAACCUGGGACCCAUCACCAGGAGAGAUUUCCAGGCCUCUGCACUGAGUGAUGCCACCAGAAGCUUGGGGUUCCUGUCUGCUUGGCCAGUUCUACUGUCAUCAGUCCUCACGGCCUUUCUGUUCUAAUAACCUGGAUCAGCAACAACAUCCCUGUGAAAUGCUACUGUGUUGGCCAACAGAGGCCUAGCCUAGUAAACAGAAUGCAAUGCUUAAAUAAUAAGUUUACUCCAACUGCAUUUACACCACUGCAAAAAAUAAUGAGGAUAGAGAUAAGCUCCAAAUUAGGACAAGUAUGAUUUUUCUUCAACUCACUUAUUUUUUUUUUUGCCCUGGGGCUUUAAGCCAGUUUUUAAGAUGCCUCCUUCUUUUUAAAUGGAAUUUCUGAGGUGGUAUUCAAAGUACCUGUGAGCUGAAGAUUCAGUCCCCGAGCCAGGAGAGUCAGGCAUACUGUUGGGAUGAGACUGCAGAAGUUCAUUUCAGUGAGUCACAAUCCCAACCAGAGCUUUCAAUAAAAAAAGGAAAAAAGCUCCUUCCAAAUGGCCAGCUUGUGUGUUGGUCAGAUGUUCACAGCAGAACUGAGGUGACACAGGCUCCAGGUUCUGACAUAUUCUACCCUGAUUCACUUGUUGACUCUGCUUUUCCUUGAUACUUUGGGAUUCAGGCAAGGAAUUCAACAAGAUUUUGUGCCCAAUCAGGAUACAGGAAUAUUGGUGGGCUGAAACUUUUAAGAAGAGUUAUUAAAAGCUUGACACCCUUAUUCCUGGACAAUAAAUGUAUAAAUAAG